AGCUCGAAAGAGAAGAUCACUCCGACCACAGCCCAAAACUAGUCUGCCAAAAAUGCACGCAUAUGAAGGGUCGCAAUCAUCAUUUCUCAACUCCAUGUACAGACCAAACUCAGCUCUUCAACCAACCAACAACCAAAGCUAUACAAGCUACAAACCUCAAACAGAUUACCCCAUGGCCGUGAGAUUUGACACUCAUCCUCUUCACAGUUUGUCCGCCUACAACUCGGGAUCGUUUUCAUUCUAUCCUUGUGCCUCAAGUCAUCGCUACGUGCACGAUUUGAACUGCAGCUACACUGCCGGUACUUUACACAGUGGUGAGGCCAAUUCACAGCUAUUCUACUUUUCUCUAGCGCUUAAUCUGAAUUCCUUAGAUAAGAAACCCAUAAUCAAACCAAAAUCUUUGAUUUCAAGAGUAUUAUUUUUUUGCCCGCAUGUUAUACCCUUUAUGUCCUUCAGGCUUUCGUCAAAUUUCAUCAUGAAUUUUUAUCUUUCUCCUCUAGGCAAGACAUUUUGAAAAACUGCAAACUUUUAAAAUUCUGACUAAAAUUAAUUAAAAGUGAUAUCCUCCGAUGAUACGCAUAAGGGUUCAUUUUCCUACAGAGUAUAGUGCAUUUAACUUAGUAAUGAGAAUUUUCCACCACUUUCUCUCGAUGAAAAUCACCAAUUUACUCUGUCAGGAAGCCCAAAAAUAACUGCGCCAAUUAGAAACACAAAUCUCUUCUUUGUCUCAAAAAGUGUUUUUGGUAAAUGUGAGCUGAGUUUUAGACGGAUUCUUUGUAGAGGUUUUUUAGGUAAACCAAUUUCUUACAAUUGCUGUCUUUUUUCGAAAGGUUUUGUGGCAUGUCGCAGACCUAAACGAAUCCGAACUGCUUUCACACCAACACAGCUUCUUCACUUGGAAAACGCCUUCGAUAAAAAUCACUACAUCGUGGGAACUGAACGCAAACAACUGGCAUCGUUUCUAAACCUUUCUGAGACGCAAAUUAAAGUUUGGUUCCAAAAUAGAAGGACGAAGUGGAAGAGACAACAAGCCGAAGAGAAGGCGUCUUCACAAGGGAAAAGUUCGUCGGGUGGAUUAAGUCUGAGUGAAUGCCAUGGUUUGAGUAGUGGCCAAGUGCAGAAAGACGAAAGUGACCAUUUGGGGUGAUUUUAUGAAAGACAUUUUCAUAUUCCUCAUCAAUGACAUUGACAGUUUUUAUCUGGGAAAUCAAAUACUUGAGAGUGUAUUUCUCUCUUUUUCUAAACCGUGCGAUUUUUAUCAUACGCGAUCGCCCUCCUCGGGAAACAAAGAAAUAAUGGCGCAAUAUAGAAGUUCUUCUUUGAAAUGAUAGGUUUCUGAAAAAGACAAAAAAAGGGUUCAUGUCAUAUUCUUAGCUUUAAGGUUCUUCUACGAAACCUAAGGAAUGAAGGCAUGAACAACUCUUAAUUGAUAUUUAUCCGCUGUUUGCAUUCGUUACAUUUCUCCAUGUUUUCCUUGUCUCUGGAUAAAUGGUUAGUCAAAAGACAUGAGUUAUCGAUAUAUAACAAAGCUCAAUUUGUAAUAAACAGGUAAUAUUUUAAACCGUGCAACUGGUUGAAAAUAACUUGGAAUUGAACCCGAUGGAAUAAACUUAAAGCAC